CUCCUCCGCCCAUCACCGCCACUACGGACGCCUUCGCCGCCUACUCCUCGCGCGGCCACGACUCCUCAAGCUCUCUGCUACAGCUUCCACCGGCCCAUCCAUUCGUUUGCUGCCUGGUCUUUAGGCUGCUGCAGUCUCUCUCUCUCUCUCUCUCUCUCUCUCUCUCUCUCUCUCUCUCUCUCUCUCUCUCUCUCUCUCUCUCUCUCUCAAGUUUCUGUGGAAACAGAUUCAAAGCCACUGGAGGAAAACAUCUACUACUUCUACUAGCUGUUCAGCUUUGGCAACAAGAAGAUGAAGACAAAAUUGAGCACAUGCAAUGUAUGGUCUCUGCUGCUUGUUCUUCUGGUGUGGGACCCAGUCAGGUUGGUGCUGGCUAACAUCCAAGAAGAUGAGGCUAAAAAUAACAUCACCAUCUUUACAAGAAUUCUAGACAGACUUCUGGAUGGUUAUGAUAAUCGGCUUAGACCAGGACUGGGAGACAGUAUUACUGAAGUCUUCACUAACAUUUACGUGACCAGUUUUGGCCCUGUCUCAGAUACAGAUAUGGAGUAUACAAUAGAUGUUUUCUUUCGGCAAAAAUGGAAAGAUGAGCGUUUAAAAUUUAAAGGUCCUAUGAAUAUCCUUCGACUUAACAAUUUAAUGGCCAGCAAAAUCUGGACUCCUGAUACCUUCUUUCACAAUGGGAAAAAGUCAGUGGCCCAUAACAUGACAAUGCCAAACAAGCUGCUUCGAAUCCAGGAUGAUGGAACAUUGCUAUAUACCAUGAGGCUUACAGUCCAAGCCGAAUGUCCCAUGCACCUGGAGGAUUUCCCGAUGGAUGCUCAUUCAUGCCCACUGAAAUUUGGAAGCUACGCUUACACAACCUCAGAAGUCACAUAUAUUUGGACUUACAAUGCUUCUGACUCCGUUCAGGUUGCUCCCGAUGGCUCCAGGUUAAAUCAGUAUGAUUUGCUGGGCCAGUCAAUUGGGAAGGAAACAAUUAAAUCCAGUACAGGUGAAUAUACUGUAAUGACAGCUCAUUUCCACUUGAAAAGAAAAAUUGGGUAUUUUGUGAUUCAGACCUAUCUGCCUUGCAUCAUGACUGUCAUUCUCUCCCAAGUGUCAUUCUGGCUGAACAGAGAAUCGGUGCCAGCAAGAACUGUGUUUGGAGUAACAACUGUUCUAACAAUGACAACCUUGAGCAUCAGUGCUCGAAAUUCCCUCCCGAAAGUGGCUUAUGCCACUGCCAUGGACUGGUUUAUAGCUGUUUGUUAUGCGUUUGUGUUCUCUGCCCUAAUUGAAUUUGCAACCGUGAAUUACUUCACAAAAAGAGGAUGGGCUUGGGACGGGAAGAGUGUAGUCAAUGACAAGAAAAAAGAGAAAGGCUCCGUCAUGAUACAGAACAACGCCUAUGCGGUAGCUGUUGCCAACUAUGCCCCGAAUCUUUCCAAAGAUCCUGUCCUCUCUACCAUUUCCAAAAGUGCAACGACGCCAGAACCGAACAAGAAGCCAGAGAACAAGCCAGCUGAAGCCAAGAAAACCUUCAACAGUGUCAGCAAAAUCGACAGGAUGUCUAGAAUAGUGUUCCCAGUUCUGUUUGGUACUUUUAAUUUAGUUUAUUGGGCUACCUAUUUAAACAGGGAGCCUGUAUUAGGGGUCAGUCCAUGAAACUAGACUUGGUUACUUUUGGGCUGUAUAGCAAUGUUAUACUUGGUUUUGGUUUUGGUUUUUGCUUUGUACAGUCUGACUAAUAACUGCUAAUUUAUGACCCACUAUGUAUAGUAUGUAUAUAUAUAUAAUGGUAGAGCUUACAGUAGACCUCUAAAGGAGACCUGCAUUUGCUAACUCAUGGAAAUACAGGCAGAAAACAUCCCGUGCCAAAAGAGCCAUUGCCUUUUUAACACAUUUACCUAGGAACUAGUUUAAAGUGGGUUUCAGAUCCCAUUAUUUAUUUCUUAAUGUUCUAAUUAUAAUGAAAGUCGGGAUCCCAUGUCACACUUUGGGAAACCUUUGAUUUAGAUAUUACAUAGAAAAAUAUUUCUACUGUUGCCUAAGGAUGAUCAGAGAUUAAUAUUGCCACUCAAAUAUAUGAAACAGCCAAACCUCUGGCCUGGUUGCUUUAGGAGUGUUUAGAACCCCUGCUAGUGUCAUUGGAAGCUUGACACACACAAGGAGAAAGCUAGAGAUGUGAAACCAGUGUUUAAUUACUAUGUAGCAUAUCUAUAGCCAUGUACAUAUUACAAGCAUGACAAGCUCAAAUAACUAUGAGUCACCAUGAAAGGAUGUUAAUUACAUUUAAAUUUAAUAACUAUUGGAAUGUCACAGUCAUUCUAUUUUUAGCUUCAGAGUUUAUUUGAAAGUAGUAAUGAACCUUUCAGCUCACUUCAAUCAUUGGAAACUACCUAAAAUUUAGAAGAAGAAGGAGAAGAAGAAGAAGGAGGAGGAAGAGGAGGAGGAGGAGGAGGAGGAUAAGAAGAAGAAGAAGAAGGAGGAGGAGGAGAAGAAGGAGGAGAAGGAGGAGAAGGAGGAGAAGGAGGAGAAGGAGGAGAGGGAGAAGAAGAAGAAGAAGAAGAAGAAGAAGAAGAAGAAGAAGAAGAAGAAGAAGAAGAAGAAGAAGAAGAAGAAGAAGAAGAAGAAGAAGAAGAAGAAGAAGAAGAAGAAGAAAAGAAGAUGAUGAUGAUGAUGAUAUAUGGACUUUCCAGGUAUGUGUUGUCAGCUGAACUUUUCUGGUGCUGGAGAAAGGAAGAAAGCUGCCAUCUUGGCUGAAAUGGAGUGCAGUGAAGUUCACUUAUAUCAGAUUAGAAAGCUGUGCCAAAAACUCCAAGAAUGAGAAUUCAUAGGUGUCCCAGGUACAGAGGAGCACUUAUACGAUUCUCUUCUUUCCUGUUUACUGCAAAUUCUGCCUUAAGGCUUCUCAUCAGGGCUCAGAAGCCGCUAAUUUUAAAGGAAAGGGCAGUUAGUUGGCACAUUUUUCUGUCUGGAAAGCAGCUUUUUUUUUUUUUUCAGACAAGAAUUAACGUAAAUCUGCUUUUGUAAAUUGGAACUUUCAAUUUCAUUGACUCGAAUUUACAGCAGCUUUGUAUACCAGAAGAGGUUUUGGUAAGAGUUGAACAUUUUUAAACAAUGACUUUAGGACACUAUCAAAAGAUUGUAGAUUAUGUCACACACACACACACACACACACACACACACACACACACACACACACACACACACACACACACACCUCACAUAGCUAAAUUAGAAAACAUGGUUUUCAAUUUUAUAAAAUUACUGAUUGUUAAUGGGUAAAAAUUCAUUUUUCUUUUAAUAUAUGAAAUAUUAUUUAUGCCCCUGAAAUAUGCCCCUGAAAUAAGCUAAAGUUAACUGUGUUUCUGUCAAAACUAAAUUUACUUAUGACCGAUGUGUACAUUAGCAGUUAUUAGUUGACUUUUAAAAUAAAACGCAACCUCACGAUGAUGUUUUUGUAGAAAUUAAGUAGUCAAAUCGUGGCGUUUCUUGCAGUUUUGUACAGUAUUUGAGUAGAGUGCAAACCAGGUCUGUUCACAACAUCAAUAAAAGGAGCACCUUCUGGAAACAAACUCUCAGCAAAAAAACAAAAACAAAAACAAAAACAAAAAAAAAAAACAAAAACAACAACAACCAAAAAAAAAAAAAAAAAAAAAAAAAAAACCUCGCUGUUCUUUGCCUCAUUCAGCUGCCCCGUUUUCUAUUCAAGUAUGAUUUCACUGUGUGUUUUUGCAUGAUUUGUACUCAUACCAGGGUCACAGCUUCAUCCUACUAACAGAAUUCGCUCUGAAGACAACCUUGACCUUAAAACCUUCCUCACGAAAAUCAAAAGUAAUCCAUCAACCUUAAUAAAAGUAUUACACGAGCCAAUAAAUGUAUUUUGUUAAUUCCCUUUCAGUAACAUCUUUAUUAUCCAAACGAGUUUUAGAGUGUGAAUAUUGCCCAUCUAGUGAAAUAAAAUAUACCCUGGUUUCUUAAACAAAUCUGUACAACAAAGGCUCUUGUGAAUAGGCUCAGGAUGGGUACAGAAGUGUGAAGUGGUGUGACAUUUGAAGGCAAAUGGUAAGCUGCUCUCCAUUGUGAAUGUUGCCCAGACGUUAAGAACAGUUUAGGGUGGCAGAGAGAGCUCAGAGGAUAACAGCACAUAUUUCUCUUGCAGAGGGCGUGAUUUCAAGUUCCCAGCACCCACAUAGUAGUUCACAAUUACCUGUGAUAUGUGCUGUAGGAGCUCUGACACUCUCUGUAGGACUCCUUAGAUCGCAUUACACGUGUGUUCACAUACCCCAUGACCCAACUAAUUGAGAAAAGAAAAUACAUCUUUAAAAUGAGUAGCUAUACUUCUGUCCCACCCUUUGAGUGUCUCAUUAUAGCUUACAUUAUUAUAAAUAUGUACAUAUGUAAAAAUGGUUCUAAAUAGUUUUGACAGUUAGACAGAAAAGAUCCAUUUGUAUCUUCAACAAAGUGCUGGGGUUAUGUUGAUGGCAGUACUUUUCAAGGUUUUUAUUGAUUUUUGUUUUUUUUAUGGCAGACAGAGUAGAAAAUUAACAUUACUGUUUUCAUUAAUUGAAAUAACAUAGCUGAAAAUUUUCAAUUCAGUCAUGAGAAUAAUAUAUGAAUUUAAUGACAUUAUGAUAAGUUAGACGUCCCAAUUGUGUCUUUCAGAAUUUCCUAUUGGGUCUUGGACUCUGGCAUAUUUUUAUAUAUUAUUAUAAAAAACAUCUGUCAUAUAACAGACACAGACUCCAAGCAAACAUAUAAUUAUUUUAUUAUAAAUGCCUAAUUCAUAUAAAGAUGUCAAUUAAGUUAAUACUGAAAAUUUAUGACCUACAGACCUACUAAAAGGGGCUGUGCUUCUUUUUCUCCUACUUUCAAUAACAAUAAAUACAGCAAAAGAGGUGAACAGAAAAUAUCCAUUCUUUUUACUUGACAAUCCUAAUUUUCCAAGAUAUUUUCAGAGAUGUAUUACAAAUUCAAACACAUCUGGAUAAGUAAACUCUUCAAUAAUAUUUCUAAAAAUGCCCUUCUAUAGUUUACAAUUUAUUUAAAAUAAACAAAACAUUAUUUCACUC